AGGAGAAUCACAGCAGCCGUGGCCGUGCUGCGGAGGAUAUUAAGGGACUGGGACUAAACGCUACGCUUUCCGGCUGACUUUAUAAAAGAAAAAAAAAGAAAGAAAAAAAUAAUAAAUCGAUUUUGGAGCCUUAAUUUUUUUGUGAACUUAACAAAGGAUGUAUUUCUUCUAAAAGCCUUGUUUGAAACGCUGGAAACUUUUCCACAGAAAUGGAAGGGAAUUUUCCAUGGAUUAUUUUGUCAUUUUUAUUCUUUAUACAUAUCAGCGAAGGGUUCCGUUGUAUGGAUAAAAACAGACCCUGUGAAAAUGGAGGAACAUGCAUAGAUUCGCCCUCUCGAUGCAUAUGUCGUCCCGGAUUCAUUGGUCCUCUCUGUAAACAUCUGGAUCCUUGUCAUCGGUCGCCAUGUCUGAAUGGGGCAGCUUGCAAGAGCCAGGUGGUCAAUGAUAUUCCACAGUACACAUGUGUGUGCCAGAGAGGGUUCAGAGGCCAAGACUGCUCCCUCAUAGAUGCCUGUGCUACAAGUCCCUGUGCCAAUGGGGCCCGCUGUGUCAAUUGGAAUAACCAUUACAACUGCUCCUGCCCACCUGGCUUCCAGGGAAAGAACUGUCGCAAUGACAUUGAUGAGUGUCGCAAGCCGGGCGUGUGCCUCAAUGGUGGCCUCUGCAUAAACACCCAUGGGUCAUUCCGCUGUCAGUGCCACCCAGGACACAGUGGGCGUACAUGUGAAGUGUCCACCCAACCCUGUGCCCCAUCUCAGUGCGUUAAUGGUGGCACCUGUCGACAGACCAGCGACCAUUCCUAUGAGUGUGCUUGCCUACCAGGGUUUGAGGGACACAACUGUGAGAAUAAUGUGGAUGACUGUCCAGGCCACAAGUGCAUGAACGGAGGAAUAUGUGUGGAUGGAGUCAAUACCUACAACUGCCAGUGUCCACCCGAGUGGACAGGACAAUACUGUGCCGAGGAUGUCAAUGAGUGUCUCAUGCAACCCAACGCCUGCCAUAAUGGGGGUACUUGCUUCAACACCAUUGGUGGUCAUACCUGUGUCUGUGUUAAUGGUUGGACUGGAGACGACUGCAGUGAGAACAUUGAUGACUGUGCAAUAGCAGUUUGCUUUAACGGUGCCACCUGCCAUGACCGUGUAGCAUCUUUCUUCUGCGAGUGUCCAGUUGGAAAGACAGGCUUGCUGUGCCACCUUGAUGAUGCAUGUGUGAGCAAUCCCUGUAACGAGGGUGCUGUGUGUGAUACUAAUCCCCUUAAUGGUCGCGCCAUUUGUACCUGCCCUGCUGGUUUUGUGGGAGGUGCCUGCAACCAGGACAUGGAUGAAUGUUCAAUUGGUGCGAACCCAUGUGAGCAUUUUGGGAAAUGUGUGAAUACAGAGGGCUCCUUCCAGUGUCAGUGUGGUCGGGGAUAUGCUGGACCACGUUGUGAAAUUGAUAUCAAUGAAUGCCUUUCCAUGCCCUGCCAGAACGAUGCCACCUGCUUGGACCGCAUUGGAGAGUUCACGUGCAUCUGCAUGCCAGGCUACAUGGGGACUUACUGUGAGAUUGACGUAGAUGACUGUGAGAGCAACCCCUGUGUGAACGAUGGCAUCUGUCGGGACAUGGUCAAUGGCUUCUCAUGCACCUGCCAGCCAGGGUUUACUGGCACCAUGUGUCAAAUCGACAUAGAUGAGUGCGCUAGCACGCCCUGCCAGAAUGGAGCAAAAUGCUACGACCGACCCAACGGGUUUGAGUGCCGUUGUGCUGAAGGUUAUGAAGGGACACUCUGCGAGAGCAACAUCAACAACUGUCAGCCAGACCCAUGCCAUCAUGGUACCUGCAUAGAUGGCAUUGCUAGCUACACAUGUAAUUGUGAUCCUGGAUACACAGGCUAUCGCUGUGAGAAUCAGCUCAAUGAGUGCCACAGCAACCCUUGUCAGAAUGGGGGCAAGUGUGUGGACCUGGUCAAUAAAUAUAUCUGCCAGUGUCAACAUGGAACCUCAGGUACAAACUGUGAGAUAAACUUUGAUGACUGUGCCAGUAAUCCAUGUGAUUAUGGCAUCUGCAAAGAUGGCAUCAACCGCUAUGACUGUGUUUGCAAACCUGGCUUUACUGGUCCCAAAUGUAAUGUGGAAAUAGAUGAAUGUGCAUCUAGCCCCUGUAGAAAUGGAGGAACAUGUGUUGAUGAAGAGAAUGGAUUUCGCUGCCAGUGUCCUGAGGGCUUUAAGCCUCCUUACUGUUACUCCCAAGUGGAUGAGUGUGGCAGCAGCCCAUGUGUCCAUGGCUCAUGCAGGGAUGACAUCAGUGGUUACCGCUGUGACUGUGAGCCUGGAUGGGUUGGGAAGAACUGUGACUUGGACAGGAAUGACUGUUUGCCAAGCCCUUGCCAAAAUGCUGGCACAUGCAUAGAUCAGCUCAACGGUUUCUCCUGCAAGUGCCGUCAAGGCUUCAGAGGGAACCUCUGCCAAGUGAAUAUCAAUGAAUGUGCAUCCAGCCCCUGUCUGAACAAGGGUACAUGUGUAGAUGGCGUAGCAAGUUUCACCUGUCUGUGUGAGCUUCCGUACAGUGGACCCACUUGUGCUGAGGUUCUCACCCCGUGCUCCCCUAAUCCCUGUGCCAAUCAUGCAGUUUGCACCCAUACACCAGACUAUCUGGGCUAUCAGUGUAACUGUCAGCCAGGGUGGCAAGGUCAGUUGUGUAACAUAGAUGUGAAUGAAUGCAACUCAAACCCCUGCAAAAACCGUGGGACCUGCACCAACACGCUUGGAGGCUUCGUGUGUUCUUGCAGAGCAGGAUAUACUGGGGUGACCUGUGAAACAGAUAUCAAUGACUGUGUGCCAAAUCCCUGCUUAAGUGGAGGUUCAUGCACAGACGGCGCGAACUCCUACCACUGUAGCUGCCUGCCAGGCUUCACAGGACCCCAGUGUGCUCUAGAGAUCAACGAAUGCCAGAGUUCUCCCUGUAAAAAUGGAGGCACCUGCACAGACUAUGUUAACUCCUACACUUGUACGUGUCGGCCUGGUUUUACUGGCAUCCACUGUGAAACCAACAUUCCGGAUUGCACUGAAAGCUCCUGCUUCAAUGGAGGGACAUGCACAGAUAAAAUCAAUGGCUAUUCCUGUACCUGCCGGUCAGGCUUCACUGGCUCUCACUGCCAAUACGAAGUUAAUGAGUGUGACUCCCAGCCCUGUCUCAAUGGAGGUAUCUGCCAAGAUGCACUGGAGUCCUUCCGCUGCUCUUGCCCAAGAGGUUAUAUGGGCAACCGCUGCCAGACACCAGUCGAUUGGUGCAGACGCUCGUCACCAUGCCAACAUGGAGGACGCUGUCGCCUAAAGGAUGCUUCUUUUGUCUGUGAUUGUACUAAUGGUUGGUCUGGACGUUACUGUGACAUUCCCAGAGUGUCUUGUGAGACAGCUGCUCGUCAGCGAGGGAUCCAAACAGAUGAACUAUGCCACCAUGGUGGUCACUGUGUCAAUACAGGGAUUGCCCACUAUUGUAAAUGUCCUGCUGACUACACUGGAAGCUACUGUGAAAGCCAAGUGGACCACUGUGAAGACAACCCUUGUCGCAAUGGCGCCACCUGCAGGGGAUAUGUUGGUGGAUACCAGUGUGAUUGUAUGCCCGGCUAUACUGGACAAAACUGUGAGAUAGAAAUCAACGAAUGCCAGUCCCAUCCAUGCCAAAAUGGAGGCACGUGCAUUGAUCUAGUGGGACAUUAUAUCUGCUCCUGUCCCCCUGGCACACUGGGUGUUCUGUGUGAAAUCAAUGAGGAUGAUUGCGCUCCACCUCUGAGGUUGCGCAGUGCUCCUCCAAAGUGCCUUAACAAUGGCACCUGUGUGGAUAGAGUUGGUGGUUAUCGCUGCAACUGCCCCCCUGGUUUCACAGGAGAAAGAUGUGAGGGUGACAUAAACGAGUGUCUUUCGAACCCUUGCAGUCUCUCCAACAGCCUUGACUGCAUCCAAUUGCCUAACGAUUACCUGUGUGUCUGCAAGCCUGGCUUCACAGGUCGGAGGUGCCAGAACAGGUUCAGCGUCUGUGAGUCUCAACCUUGUCAGAAUGGAGGAGCCUGUUCUGUAACUAGCAGCUCUUCCUUGGGAUACACCUGCACAUGUCAGCUUGGUUAUACUGGCCCAAGCUGUGAGAGGAGUAUGUCUUGUCGGGAGCUGUCCUGCUACAAUGGAGGGAACUGUGCACUUACCACAAGGGGAGCGCGAUGCACCUGCCUUCCAGGUUUUGGCGGACCCCAGUGUCAGCAUCGCAGUAAUGAAGGAUGUUCCUCCAAACCAUGCAGGAAUGGAGGGUUGUGCACUGAAGAGACCACCUUUCCAUUCUUCCACUGCCAGUGUCCCAGCGGCUGGUCAGGAAAACGAUGUGAGCAGAACAGCAGAGCUGAGCUCCCUGUGCCCUCAUGUCCACUGGCAGAAUGUCAUAGCAAAGCCAAUGACAGUAUUUGUGACAAGGAAUGUAAUACAUACCUUUGUCGCUGGGAUGGUGGUGACUGCUCCUUAGCAAUGAACCCCUGGGCUCGUUGUGCAGACCCUUUCUGCUUGCGUGCCUUUAACAAUAGCCAAUGUGAUGAGUCCUGUAACAAUGCUGAAUGUCUGUAUGACAACUUUGACUGCAGAACCAAGGAGAAAGUUUGCAAUCCAAUAUAUGAGGCCUAUUGCAUUGACCACUAUGCUGAUGGACAGUGUGACCAGGGAUGCAACUCAGAAGAAUGUGGCUGGGAUGGCUUGGACUGUGCACCGAAGGUUCCAGAAGACCUUGCUGAUGGUGUCUUGGUUUUGGUAGUUCUUCUGCCACCAGAGGAGCUUGUCCGUACUGGCACAGCGUUUUUGCAGAAAUUAAGUGCUAUACUGCACACUUCAGUGCGCUUUAGGCUGGACCCUAAUGGAGAAGCAAUGAUCCGUCCCUACACCCGCAAAGAGGCACGCCUUAAGCGAGAAUUAGAGCCUCAACAGGAGGUCAUCGGGUCCAUAGUCUAUGUUGAGAUAGACAACCGUUUGUGCUCUCAGGGUUCUGAUAACUGUUUCCAGACAGCUGACGAUGCUGCAGAGUAUCUUGGAGCUCUGUCUGCAGUAGAAAUGCUCCACUUCCCUUAUCCCCUCAAACAAGUCCGUGGUGAAAAAAUCCCCUCUGAUAUUGAUUCCAUACCGCUUUGGGGCAAACUGAUGCUGGCAGGGAUAGUUUCUCUUUUCAUCAUGAUCAUCCUUGUGAUAGGCAUGUUGAUUACUCGUAGAAAGCGGGAGCACAGCACCCUCUGGUUCCCUGAAGGCUUCUUCCUCAAGAAGGAACCAAGCAGCAACAAGAACCGCAGAGAACCCGUGGGUCAGGAUGCUCUAGGAAUGAAACACAUGCCAAAAACUGUGGAGGAGUCUCUUCUUGGAGAUCAUAGUGACCAGUGGAUGGACUCAGACUGCCCAGAACCAAAAAGGCUCAAGGUUGAAGAGCCGAGUAUGCUGUCGGACAGUGAAGAUGCAGUUGACUGCCGACAGUGGACACAGCAUCACCUUGCGGCUGCUGACAUUCGCGUACCACCCACCAUGGCCCUGACACCACCUCAAGGAGAAUUUGAAAGUGACUGCAUGGAUGUUAAUGUCCGAGGCCCAGAUGGUUUUACACCUCUGAUGCUGGCAUCAUUUUGUGGAGGCGGGUUAGAGCCUGAGGUUGCAGAGGAGGAAGAGAAUGAGGAGUGUUCUGCCAACAUCAUCUCUGACUUAAUCUACCAGGGUGCGUCCCUCGCUGCUCAGACAGACCGGACUGGCGAGACAGCUCUCCAUCUGGCUGCUCGCUACGCCCGUGCUGAUGCUGCUAAGAGGCUGCUGGAUGCUGGGGCAGAUGCAAAUGCUCAAGACAACACAGGACGCACCCCACUACAUGCUGCAGUAGCUGCAGAUGCACAGGGUGUCUUCCAGAUUCUGAUACGAAACCGUGCCACAGAUCUUGACUCCCGUAUGUAUGAUGGCUCCACUGCACUGAUUCUGGCUGCACGGCUGGCAGUAGAGGGCAUGGUUGAGGAACUCAUCACUUGUCAUGCUGAUGUCAAUGCAGUUGAUGAACUGGGUAAAUCUGCCUUGCACUGGGCUGCUGCAGUCAACAAUGUAGAUGCCACUGUUGCCCUGCUAAAGAACGGCGCAAACAAAGAUAUGCAAGAUCUCAAGGAAGAGACCCCUCUCUUCCUUGCAGCUCGUGAGGGCAGCUGUGAGGCUGUGAAAGUCCUACUUGCUCACUUUGCAAACAGAGAAAUCACAGACCACAUGGACAGGUUGCCAAGAGACAUUGCUCAGGAGCGAAUGCACCAUGACAUUGUACAGCUUCUUGAUGAAUACAACACAGUAAGGAGUCCCCAGGGCCAUGGAGGGGCUGGACACCACCUCACUGGGGGGCACACUCUGUCCCCACUGAUGUGUCCACCCAGUGCCUUCCUUCCUAGUCUGAAGAACACCCCACAGGGGAAGAAGAACCGUCGGCCUGGGGCCAAGGGUUCUAGCCUGGGAGCCCAGCAUGCUACCAGUCUGAAGGAGUCAGUAAAGGCACGCAACAAAAAGCUGACUCUGGACAUGCAGAGUGCCUUACUGGAUAGCUCAGUGACUCUGUCCCCAGUUGACUCACUGGACUCCCCCCACGGGGGAGCUAGCAAUGCUGGUUAUAUCACUAACCCCACUUCUCCUGUGGCCAUGCAGUCACCGGGGCUUUUUCAUUCAUCCCUGUCAGUGCCUAACACCCCAAUGGUACAUAGUAGCAUGUUGGAAGGAGGGGGCCCCUUUGCUGUGUCUCUUGCCCAAAUCAGUGAAUUAGGAGCUGGAGGGAUGCCCUUGCAGGGUCGUGUCUCUAUGGCUUCAGAUGUCAACCAUGGCUAUGUGCUGAGUUCAGGCCAGAUGGGGCUCAGCAUGGGUAUGGUCAGUCCUGUCAGUGUGCCCUUUGACUGGCACAACCGCAUGCCCCCUUCCUCCCAGUGUGGUCAGCAGGUUGUUAAUAUUGUGCAGAAUAGCCAAGCAGGCAUGCACCCCCAGAGCCCAGCCAUGCAGCAGCAAAACAUGCUGAUGCACCAACAGCAGCUCUACCGUAGCCCCAUGCUGCAGCCCACGCCUGUUACCUCCACACCUACUAUCAGCCCAGUAAAGUUGCCUUCCAUUGCCGAGCAACAGCAGCAGCAGCUCAUGAAUCACAGCAUCACCAACCAGCAAAGCAUUGCCCGCAUGGGAACCUCCACUCCACCGACACCCCAGACCUCACAGCCAGCACCAUCCUUCUUCCAGCAGCAGCAGCUGUCUCAGCAACCCUCUCAGCAGCAGCCUCCUGCUCAACCCACCCAAGGAGCUACACCAGCAGCCCAGCCCACUCAAGCUCUUCCCUCCCAGCCAAGUGGCAGCACUGCAGGGAAGGAGGAUUAUCCAACCCCUCCCUCCCAGCACAGCUACUCAUCCGCACUAGAUGCCACACCCAAGCAUUACCACAAUUUGCCCAGUGAGCACCCCUAUCUGACCCCAUCUCCAGAGUCUCCUGAGCACUGGUCCAGUCCUUCUCCUCACUGUGUCUCUGAUUGGUCAGAUUCAACACCCAGCCCAGCAGUUGCUGUACCCAACCAGACCCAAAUUACUCAAAUUCCAGAGGCCAAUGGCAAGAUGCAGGUGUUUGCCUGAAGAUCGUAUUGCCUCGGCUUAAAAAGGGACGUGGUGUAAAAAAAUCUGUGGACUGGCUCUUGGGCUUGUCUGUGCUUUUAUGUGUCAGCCUGUUUCCAAGAUUUUCAUUGGAUUUGGAUUGACAGUGUCUAUCAAGAGGACCAUCUGCUAGUGAUUUUUGCAGAGAAAAAAAAGUAAAGGGAAAUGUGUGCUGUCUGAAAAACAGCAAACAUUUUAAUGAAGUAAUUCUGUCACAGAUGGACAUGUUUUUUAUUAUUAAAAAAAGUAUAUGAAGAAAACCAAGUCUUUCAUUUCAAAGACUUUGGGGACACGCUCCUAAAAACUAACAAACAUUUUAAAAAGUAGAUAAAGAGAAAAAGAGAAAUGUUGAAGGGAAUUCAUUUAUUUUUAUUUAUUGUUUUUAUCUAUCUGAACUGCUUUUUAGUUUUCUGUCCUAGCAAAUACAUUUCAAGAGUUGCUCGGCAGUAGUAAUGCUUGAUUGAGCUGUGCUAAAUAAUUACUUUCUAUAUGAGUGUUAUGAUCAAGAAUGUAGAUGAGUGUCUCUGAAGCACUUCAAGUGACCAGCCUCAUGGGGCAAGUCUAGGUCAAAUACAACAUUUGACUACAAUGGAUAUUUAUAAUAUAUGGGGGGCAUUUAAUCCAUGUUAAUUUUCCUUGUGACCUUAAAGAAAAGAGAAUUAAGCAGAAAAAAUGUUAUAGGUGUGAUGCUUCCAUUUUAUAGUUUCUCAUUGACCUUAAGGGGCUUUCACUGCCAGGAUAUACUGCCAACUUUGAUAACUUUCUGCUUUUAAGCAUUAUCCACUCUAUUUAUGCUUCAUACGUUUUUUUUUAAUUUGUAAAAAAUCAGCCUUUCACUGCCCUCAUUUUUUAUUUUUGGUAUUGUUUUAUAUGCUGUUUGUGGAAAACCAUAAAUAACUGUUUUUUUUUUUUCUUUUUGUUUCAAACAUCACUUGAGAUGUAUUAAGCUAUGCUUAUAACGGCUGCUGUUUUGUAUCACUUUUCUCUGCAAACAUUCCUCCAAUGUUUCUGUCAUAUUGAGUUUGGAUUCUGUGCCUAAGUUACAUCCAACACAGACCUAAAUUAAACAACAGUGUUUUUUUGUUUUUUUUGAGCUCAUAUCCUGUCCUUGAACGGACUCGAUGGACUGUCUGUAGCAGUUGGAAUCUCUGUGGUACUCUCACCUUGUCUCUGCAAGCGUCUAUGGUGGAGUAUUGGUUGAUGUGAGGGUGUGGCUGAUGGGCUGUGACUGCUUAUGCCCUGUCACUCCUCAGGGAGGUGUUUUAUGGCAUGCAGAGGGACAGUUCCCUGCAUCUACAGUAGCUUCCAGUCCAGGGAAGAAGAUAGAGAUGCAUCUUAAGAAGAUUGUUAAAAGAGACUGAGGAAGAAAACACUACUAUGUAGUGCUGUAUUUCUUUAACUUUUUGCAAAAUUCUGGGAUGACACUUCUUGUCAUUAAGCUAACACCUUGUAUAAUCUCUGACCAACUCUUUAUUUCCAUGUGACCUAAGCAUGUAGGAGAGAUUACCCUCUCUUUAACAUUAUGUGCACAUUUCAACAAAGUCUUUUGAUCAUUGUAGAGUUUUGAGAAAGCAACCUCUCAUCAUGAGCAGAGAUGAGCAGGCCACCACCCCUAGCUACUUUGGUGGUGUCUUAAACACUGCCCUUAGUUGUAUCAUAGACCAAGUUUAUCCUUAAUUCAUUGUUUUAUGUUCAUUAUAGUUACUGUUCUGUCAGAUGUGGCGAGCAUGAUGUUCUUGGUUCAGUUCCUGUUGUACUUACAAGUAAAACAGUUAUUUUCUUUGUUUGCUUGAUUUAAUUUUAUAUAUAACUGGUCUUACUAUUCCCCUGCCAGGUCGCACUAAGUGUUUUGUACAUUCAACCUCUCAGUUUCUGUUUGUAAAUAUGUUUGUUCUGAGUAGAUUGUUGCUUAAGAAGUCUUAUGUUUCUAAAAUAAUUAUGUACUAAAAACGACAAAAAUAAACUGUACUUCAUUUAGCAUUAUUUGAAGCCAAGGUUAUGACUGAUAUUUUAUUGGUCCUGGUAUUAGAACAGUUAUAGAUUUUCUAUCAAUAUUCAUUUCUAUACUUGUUUAAAAGUAGUUAAAAAUCAUACAUAAAAUCUCUCUACAGUUUGUCUUUCUACAGUCAAAAGUUGUAAAAUAAGUCACUUAUAAAUAAAAAAAAACUGUAGGGAACUACA